GGCGAACCGACGAAGCCAAGUUGAUCGAUAAAUCGGAUACGCUACUAUUAUCAAUUUAUUCAAACCAAAUGCAUUUAGGAUAAGUACGUGAAUCACUGUCUAACAAUGGGUGACUUUGUAAAGGGUCUGUUGUUGCAUGUGCUUACAGAAAAUUGUUACAACGAAUACUUCGCGAAAUGGAACUUUCUCGACGGACCAUGUUUCAAGUCAUCACUCAGCAAAGGUUUGGGAAUUGGCAUCAUAGCUGGUUCUAUACUGGUAAAAGUACCCCAGAUUUUGAAGAUUCAUUCCAGCAAAAGUGCUGAGGGCAUCAACAUCUAUGGAGUGUAUUUGGAAUUGUUUGCUAUCACAGCCAACUUUGCAUAUAGCUACGUUAUGGGGUUUCCUUUUAGUGCAUGGGGAGAAGGCACAUUUCUAGCAAUUCAAACAGCAAUCAUUGCUGCCCUAGUCUUGCAUUAUGGGGGAGCUACUGGCAAAGCAGUUUCUUUUCUAGCAGUGUAUUCAGCUAUAGUAGCUGUCUUAAUAAGUGGGCAAACACCCACUAAAGUACUGUGGACUAUGCAAGCUAUCAAUGUGCCUAUUAUUGUGGCUGCUAAGUCAAUUCAGGUGAUAACAAACUACAGGAAUGGGAGCACAGGCCAGCUUUCAGCUAUUACAGUGCUUCUCAUAUUUGGAGGAAGUGUCGCGAGAAUAUUCACUUCAAUCCAGGAGACUGGAGACAACAUUAUAAUAGUGACAUACAUUGUAUCAACUAUUGCUAACGGUGCCUUGAUGGCACAGCUAUUGUGGUAUUGGAACGCAGACAAGUCUAAGAAAAAUAAGAAUAAGAAAAAGAAGCGUACAUAGUAUAUUGUUCACCAAAGGGAGAAAGUGGCCGAUUACCAAUGCGCCGAAGGGUCAUAAAAAAUAAGCGAGACUAAGGGUCGUAUUCCAGAACGCUACUCAAUACUCAAGUAAGGACAUGAGUAUUGCAGUGAGCAAUGAAAAUCAUACUCAAGUCCUUGCCAUUAGGGUCGUAUUUCCAGUGCUUCA